GUUCGAGCCACGACUAUCCCAAUCCAAGGCAGAGCAUAUCAAAAGCAGGCAUCUGCCCUUUUGAUAUCCUAGAGAGCGUUGUAUUUAUACCGCUCUGCCUUCUCAUCCCUCCCCACCCUCCCCUAACUCCCAUCCCGUCGCCUCGCGCUCGUCGCGAUCGAUCUCCGGGGCACAUACCCAGCGCGCAAGCUUCCCGGCUUUAUCCCAUCUCACUGAAUCCGGGCAAGGACGUGACAGUUACUGGAAUAAUUGCCAGUAACCUAGAGAACGACGAUAGAGAGGUGCUGUCAUUUGCGUUUUUCGGUUCAUCACCCAAACACCUGUUCCUCCGUCUCUCAGACUCGUGCGCCGGUCGCUUUCGAUAAUCGUCGUGACAACCGGCGCUGGAUCCUCAGUUGGAACCAAGAUUAAAGCACUAGCUUCCCGGAAGAAGACCAACGCGAUCAAGACGCCCACAUUGUGGACGAGACAUCCGAGUGAAGGGGCUUGAACAGAAAUCUAGGAAGGGGGCGAAGACAACUAUUUCUUGUUUGUCCGAGGCAUUCAACGCCUAGACAGGGAGACUAUUAAAAUAAUAGAUGUCGAAAAGAUCGGCCCAGGGCCCUCAGGGGGACAAGGAUUCCAAUUUGUUUGAUUUCAAUAUGAACAGCACACCAGAUGAAAAGCCGCAGCGGGCAACCGCUGCGCAAAUGGCGCAGAGAAAGAUUAAGGACGUUCGGAGGCGAGGUCGUCCCAACACAGCUGCCCCCAGUGCCACGGCGUCUUUUGGUGGUCCUUUCAAUUCUCUUGAUCCUAAUACUGUUUCUACACCGUCUGCCCCCCAGCCAAUUUCAAAUGGGUUUACAUUUGGCCAGUCACAGAGCUUCCCCGGUGCCAGUUCAAAUCCUAGUCAACCUACCCAAAACGGAUCGACACCAUUUUCUUUCGGUUCCGGUGGAAGUAACUCAUCCUCAUUCAAUUUCUCUUCGUCGUUUGGUGGAUCGGGGUCGACGGCAAGCAAUCCUUUUGCUAGCAUGACUACUGGCUCCACCAAUCAAUCGUCCGAUGGAGGCAGUUUCUCUGGUUUCAAAGGAAACAUGUUCAAUAUUCCCCCAGCUGGUAGUUCGGCCCCGGCCCAGCAGCCUUUGCCUUCAGGAGGGCUCUUUGGCACAGGAUCGCAACAGAACAACACUACCGGAGGCCUAUUCGGCAGCAGUACGACCAAUGGGUCCUCUGGGCAACCUGCAACGACAGCCCCGGCCACCACAGGCAGUAUCUUUGGACAGAACAGUGCUUCCAGCAUUGCUCCGUCGACAAAUAUCUUCAGCCAGUCGGCCUCAAAUAAGCCCUCCCCAUUCGGACAGUCAACCGCCUUUGGCGAGUCUAUGCAGACAUCUCCUGAUGCGAAGAAUAACGGUGCGCAGUCGAAACAGCCUAUUUUUGGCGGUGGUGCUUCCCAGUCGGGUUUCGGAACUUCCACCAAUUUCGCCAGCCCUGGGGCUGGCUCCAUGUUCGGUGGCUCUACAUCGAAGCCUGCUGAGACACCCAAGCCACUUUUUGGUGCUAAGCCCACGGAGCAGUCAACUCCAUCGACCUCGCUCUUUGGCGCGACUACUCAACCCAGUUCUACUCCUGCUCCCGCUUCAUCUACCUCCGCAGCCUCCAGCACGACCGCCGCUCCAUCACCAUCUAUCUUCGGGGCUCCAUCGUCUGCUAAACCCGCCACAUCAUUCCAGAAUCCCUUCCAGUCCACAAACCUUUUUGGCACUCCCGCUUCAUCAACUGCAGCACCUGCUUUGGAGGAUAAAGAAAAGCAAGAGAAGAAACCUGAGGAGGCUCAACCUAAGACUGGUUUCCAGUUUACGGCCUCUCCCGGUGGCCCGUCUUUGUUCUCAAAGAGUGCAAGUUCUGCAGCUCCAUCGGCUCCGUCAAGCGGUCUAUUCCAGCCUCCAUCUACAGGUAGCUUGUUUGCUCCCAAGCCAUCUGCAGAGCAGAACAUUUCCAGUGCGGAACAGGACAAACCUAAGGCUGCUGAAGGAAACCCAUUUAGCAGCCUCUUCACGCCCAAACCAGCUACCCCGGCCAAGCCAGCUGUAGAGCAGAAGCCUUCCACGGAGCAGAAGCCACUGCCCUCUUCUGCUAACGCUUUCGGUAACCUUUUCGCUCCAAAGCCUUCUACACCUAGCGACGGAUCGAAGACUAGCCAGCCACAGAAGCCGGCCGCUCCUGCACCGCUUUUCUCGGCUCCCACAUCAGGACCUGAUACUACUAAAUCUUCUGGUCUUUUCGCGCAGUCGCCGUUGUUCUCAGCUCCUACUGUAGGAAAUAAGACCCAGGCUCCAGCUGUGAACCCCCCGGCCCCUUCUCAAAGCCCACUCAAGGUUAAUGGCACAAGCACGGCCUCAUCGGCCUCAUCGGCUUCUGCUGCUGAAAAGAGCUCGACAACAAGCUUUGAAGACAUCCGACCAUCUGGACUCCCUGCUGAUCUUGAUAAGGCAAGCAAGGAAGAAGUGGAGAUGUUGUAUCGCAUGCGCAUGUUGAAUGAAUGUUUCAAACGUGAAGUGAAUCGAUUGGAUCCUACUAGAGACGACUUUGAUGCUCUCGUGCAGUUCUACAUGCGUGUUCGUGACACAAUUGGAGCGCCAGCUGGUCCCCAGAAGCGUAAAGCUGGAGAUGCAAAUGCAUCUGCUGAUGACCAUUCCCUUAAAAAGAUCAAGCCCUUCGGCCUGAAUGCUGCCUCUGACAAAGAAGAGUCAUCGCCCUCCCCAGCCACAACUGUGAAUGCCUCAGCGGCUACCAGCAUCUUCGGAGCAAGCCAAGCGGCCUCGGCCACCAGCAAGAGAAAGGUGGCCGAUGAGGAUGAGAACAUUGCUUCCCCAGGAAAGCGUGUCAACGGAGACUCCACGACGGCGAGCAUCUUCGCACAGUCCUUCUCAAAAUCCAUAAAUUCCGAGUCAAGCGAUGAGCCGACUAAGCCUAACUCUACUCAAUCCGUCACUUCUUCCGCCAGGCCAUCUACCCCGGACUCAGAUAAACCUGCUUUGUUCUCCACUACGCCUAUCUCUUCCCCCCCAAAGCCUCUUUUCGCAGCCUCGACCACGGCAAAGGAAAGCGCCACGUCAACGUCACUGUUCUCGCAAUCGGCCCCUUCCUUUAAGCCAACAUUUACUGCCUCUACUAACAGCACCUCUACUACCUCGAAUCCGUUCGUUAUAAAGCCGUCAGGGGAUAAGGAAGCUGGUUCUGCGCCCACCCCUAUGCCUGGAAUGCCAAAAUUUGACGCCGGAGCAACAAACUUCUUUGCCCAGUUCAAGGCACAGGUAGAUAAGGAUGCUGAAAAAGAGAAGGAAAAGCGCAAGGCGGAGGAUUUCGAUUCCGAGGAAGAAGACGAGGCUGAAUGGGAGAAAAGAGACGCCGAAGAACGCCGGAAAAAGCGAGAGGCACUUGAGUCUCAAGCUACGAAACGCUCGAAAUUUGUUCCUGGAAAAGGAUUCGUUUUCGAAGACGACGAGGAGACAAGUGAUUCAGAUAAGAAGGAGGAAAAGGCAUCUGCUUCGAUUACUAGCACCUCGGUCUUUGACAAGAAGACUGACUUAUCAGCCACGCCCAACAACAUCUUUGGUCAUUUAUCAGCAACACCGUCUGAGGCUGAGGAGAACGACGAUGCCGAUGACACUGAGGAAGCGUCUGCCGCCGGUGAUGAGCCAGAGGAUAUGUCCAAGGAUACAUCCCUUGCGCCCGCAAGCGAAGACGAAAGCAACGAAGAUGCGGAGUCCAAAGCGGGUGCUGGCAGUGGCGCUGAGAACUCUGCUAAUGACAGCAGUGACGACGGUGAUCUGACCAAGGCUCUGAAAAAGUCGAAGCAAGAGAAGACGGCUAUAAGCGAGCAGUCCGCCAGUGAUACAGGCGCGAGUGGCCGUAGCUUGUUUGACCGUGUUGAGUACAAGCAAGAUGGCAAGCCGAAGCGCCAGGACGAUGAGGAACAAAAGCCCCUUUCUACGUUUUUCAAUUCCUCCAAAUAUGCGUCCUCUUUCAACUCACCGGGAACGCCAAACCCAUUUGCUCCGACUCCCUCUAAGUCUGAUGCCGAGAAAGAUGAUACUCCCACCUCGAAGCCCGCAACGCCGAACCCCUUUGCUGGCCUGUUUGGUUCUCCCUCGCCCACCCCUGCUGCAGGCACCCCAUCUAUAUUCGCCCCAAGCGCCACGAAGGCCGGUACGGAUAAUACCUGGAAGAUGAAUUCUCCCAUCAAGUUUGCCAGUGACACAAAUGCGGCUUCUACUUCGAAACUUAAUUCCGCGACGCCGCCUGCCGAUUCCUCCAAGCCAUUCUCCACACUAUUCGGAGCGGCACCUGCUACCAAGACUGCAUCUUCUGGUACUGGAUCGCCAUCGCCUGGCUUCACGUUCGGUGGACCUGCGCAGCCGCCAUCAUUCCUGGCUCCUUCGACUGUCAGCUCUGCUGCUGCCAGCCGCGCGUCCACUCCUGGAGUUACAUCCGACACGGGAGCCGAGGAGUCUGGGGAUGGUGAUGCGGCCGAGGCUCUGCCUCAGGUUAACCUUGCGCAAAGUCGAGCCGGCGAGGAGAAUGAAGAUAUUGUGGUCGAGACUAGAGCACGUGGCUUGAAGUUCACUAAAGGUGCAUGGGACAGUCAAGGAGUUGGGUUCCUCCGUGUGUUGAAGGAUCGCACUACCUCUCGCGGCCGUAUUAUCCUUAGAGCUGACCCGAGUAGCAAGAUUGUCCUGAACGCAUCCUUGAUGAAGCAAAUCGAUUACAAUGUCAAUGGCAGCAACAGUGUGCACUUCCUUGUACCUCAGGCCGAUGGUCCUCCGGAACAAUGGGCAAUCCGGGUUAAGAACAAGGAGGACGCGGAACGCUUGGGGACUGCAAUGCAAGAAACCAAAACUUAGUUGGCAAAACUCCUCUGUUUACUGCGAACGAACGUGGCACAUUGGGUGCAAUUGACCACCAUCAUGAUGCUCUUCUUUCCAGGUUGAUAAUAACUGGUGAUGUAUUAUGGCAUUUUUUACUUUACAGUUCCCCUUCCUUCCCGCCUGUCUUAUAAAAGCAAUUAUUGGAACAUCUUCAGGUUGAGACGCCGCAUGCAUGGCCUCCUGUUUCUUUUCCAGGUAUCAUGAUCAAGUCCAAUCCCUCACAGCGCCGAAUUCUUUUUGUCCUCUUGUACUUCUGACCUUACGACUUCUGGGACCUGUCUUAGCAACACUUGCGUUUCUAAUUCGAUUUUGAGUUUUGUUUCUUCCCAUCUAGUGUUAUUGUUCGCCAUCGCACUCAUGUGUUUAUUUCUUUUUUCUUUUUUUCAUUUUGUCCUUUUCUGUUUGAUCAAUCUGAGGCACUUGUGUAACUAUCUUGCAUGCUGCAAUUGCAACCGCAUACUCGGAGAGCAUCAUGUCGUCGUCUGUCCAACCAGAGACGAAAGUCUAGCAUAGCGUUUGGGUUUUGAGGGAUCAGUGGAAUUCAAUCGGUUUUUGUUAUUUUAGAGACAAUAUAUAACACCGCGCAAUUUGCAAACAGUGGUAUCGCGACAAAUCA